GUGACCAAGGUGAGGCGUUGUUUCUAAUGUAUCGUUUUAUUCCGUUUUUUCCCGCUUCUAGUGGGCAAACUGCUCCGCAUUUCGUUGGCCAGGCGUGUGCCGUGGGGCUUUGGUGGUUUGGAGACGAAAGCCGAAGACGCUGACAUGAACAGAAUUCGCAUCCACGUGUUGCCUUCAAGUCGGGGACGACUCACCCCUGUGCCAAGGCCCCAAGAGGCCUUGUCAUGUGCCUUUGCUCACCGGCAGUGCUCCCAGCCUCGUUUGGAAGGACACGAGUUCUGCAUAAAGCACAUUCUUGAAGACAGGAAUGCGCCUUUCAAGCAAUGCAGCUACAUUUCCACAAAGAAUGGGAAGAGGUGUCCAAGCGCAGCUCCCAAGCCUGAGAAAAAGGAUGGGGUAUCGUUUUGUGCUGAACAUGCUCGUAGAAAUGCCCUGGCACUGCAGGCUCAGAUAAAGAAGUCCAACCCUAGUCCUGUGCGGGAGUCCCUUCUCUGUCAGCUGAGCUCCUAUGCCAAGACAGAACUGGGCUCCCAGACUUCAGAGAGUAACCGCAGUGAGGCUAGCAGAAUACUGGACGAGGACAGCUGGAGUGAUGGAGAGCAGGAGCCUCUUACUGUAGAUCAGACAUGGAGAGGAGAUCCCGACAGUGAAGCAGAUAGCAUUGACAGUGACCAGGAGGACCCCCUUAAACAUGCUGGUGUGUACACCGCUGAGGAAGUGGCACUGAUCAUGCGAGAAAAACUCAUCCGGCUGCAGUCUCUAUAUAUUGAUCAGUUCAAACGACUUCAACAUCUCCUGAAAGAGAAAAAACGACGGUACUUACACAGCCGCAAGGUGGAACAUGAGGCCAUAGGUAGCAGCCUCCUGACAGGCCCAGAGGGACUUCUGGCUAAAGAACGUGAGAACCUGAAACGGCUGAAAUACUUGAGGCGAUAUCGGCAGCGUUAUGGUGUGGAAGCUCUUCUACACCGGCAGUUGAAGGAACGCAGAAUGCUGGUCACUGAGGGUGCUGCCCAGCAGGCACACACCACCCGUUCUAGCCAGAGGUGUUUGGCCUUUGUGGAUGAUGUUCGAUGUUCCAACCAGUCUCUUCCAAUGACAAGACACUGCCUUACUCAUAUUUGCCAGGAUACCAACCAGCUUCUAUUUAAGCUGUGCCAAGGGUCAGAAGAAGCACCCUGCAGCAAGCCAGUGCCUGUAAGCCUCUCCGAAGACCCCUGCUGCCCACUCCAUCUCCAGCUACCACCUCAGAUGUAUGUUCCUGAACAGGUACUGUCUGUUCCCGAGGAGCUGGAAGCUGCUUCCAUGGAUCUGUACUUGAGCGCAGCUGAACUCCGGCCCACAGAGAGCUUGCCGCUGGAGUUCAGUGAUGACUUGGAUGUUGUUGGGGAUGGCAUGCAAUGCCCCCCUUCUCCUCUGCUCUCUGAUCCUUCUACUUCUCUUGAGAACCUAUUAAACAAAAGUGAUGCUGAAACCCCCACAAAUGUGCCACCAAGUGAAGAGUUUGCUCAACAAGGACUUCUGAACCAGACAGCACAGCCAGGCAGAGUGUUUUUCCCCAGACAAACGGCAUUUUCUGCUUCAGAAUUGCUACAAGAGCUACCCUCACAGAAUAUACAGCAUCUUGUGACAACUGGGCCGGGACUGGAGGAGGGUAAAAAGGAAGAACCUGCAACCAAUGGGAAUUCAGAACCAGCUUCCAUCAGCUGAUAAAACUCAAAACAGAUGGCAAUCCCCCCCUUGACGAUGAAGCAUCUGCUACUCUUGGACUCCUGGUUCUGUGUGUUCCUCCAUCUCCAUAUUAAAUAUUUCUAGAUUAGUGAAAUCUCUUUCUGGAAGGCCACAUGGCUGGCAGGUUUUGGGUGCUUUUCUAGUGGCUGAUAGCCUUUUAGGGUUGCUUGGUUUUUAAUAAUUGGUACUGAUAUAAAUUCCGAUAAGGCAUGAGAGAAUACAAACACUGGGGAGCCACACCUAGUUUAUAUUCAUAGUCCUAAAUUCAUAAUAAAAGGGAAUGGCUUGGAAAACAUUUUGUAACUGGAUUAUUGGGACUAUGUUUUAAGUCAUGGAUUUGUCCAUGCUAAAGAGGUUUGUGAAGUGCUGUGCACUUGCCUGGUGAUGUCUGAUGGUGUCGAUGCUGCACAGCUAUCCCUUCUCUUUCUUUCUUUCUUUCUUUCUUUCUGGCAUUUAAGUCUGUAAUCAAAUAUCCACCUGUAGCUUUAACUUGUGUACAUAUCCCAUGUAGUAUAAUAAAGACACUGGAUAAUGUUUA